AUGGGUUUAACUAUUAGGCAAGCUACGGUAAAUGAUAUCCAAGCUAUGCAAAAUGCCAAUUUGCAUAAUUUGCCAGAGAACUAUCAGUUAAAAUAUUAUAUGUACCAUAUUUUAUCGUGGCCACAAGCUAGUUUUGUCGCAACAACAUAUGAAGAUGUCUCAAAUGAUGUGGCACUGACGGAAAACGAAGAAAUAGAAGAUCCAAAAGGAGAUACUUCAUAUAUUAGGAAGGGAGAGAAGAUUGUGGGAUACGUAUUGGGGAAGAUGGAAGAUGACCCAGAGGCAGAGGAUAAGACUCCACACGGACAUAUUACAUCCUUAUCAGUGAUGAGAACGUACAGAAGAAUGGGAAUAGCUGAAAAGUUGAUGCGUCAAGCAUUAUAUGCGAUGUGUGAAUCAUUCAACGCAAAAUAUGUUUCACUUCACGUCAGGAAAUCUAAUAGGGCUGCAUUACACUUAUAUAGAGAUUCCUUAAAUUUUGAGAACACUUCAAUUGAAAAGUCAUACUAUCAGGAUGGGGAGGAUGCAUAUGCAAUGAGAAAAGAAUUGAAACUCGAAGAGUUGGUACCAUAUUUAUCUCAAAUGUCUGAAGAAGUUGAUGAUUUCUCGAAAGAUUUGUUAGAAGAUUUAGAGAUACCUAUAGCAUAG